AUGUAAACUUAGACUAAUAUACUAACUAAUGAAUUAGAAGGAAAGAAGAAAUUAUUCAUGAAAUGGGCUUUGAAUUCAGUCAGAAAGUUUUUCAAUAAUAAUUAAUUGCCAUAUCACCUUCUAUCUACAUGUGUGUCAAUCAAGCCAGGGUCGGCUAAUAGAUGCGCAACGUUGUAGUCAUAUCCUAAUUAAGGAGUAUGGAAAUAUUUGAAAGAACUGCCUGAAUCUGUGAGAAGAGAUUUAACAAUGCAUCUAAAUAAUGAAAUGAAGCUUGUUGAAUUUAAAUUCUAACAAUCUAUUUUGAUAGAGUUUAAAGAUAGAAUAUUAAAAGACUUUGAUUUCUCAAGUUUUUACAAAGAAUCAAAAAAUUUUAACGAUAAUAAUGAGAUACCAUUAAUUGAUUCAGAUCAGAAUGAGUAGCAAGUAAAAUAAAAGAAAUGGUGCAAAGGAUAAGACUUCGUUAGUGAAUCUAAACAGAUUUUGAUUUAAAUGUAACUGUGCAAUAGAAUGCCACGCUUAAUACCUGUGAAAUAGCUCCAUUAUCACAAGCUGAGAACACUUUUAGAAAAAAUAAAGGAACACAAGUUUAGCAUGUCGGAGGAAAUGAAACAGUUUAAACAUGAAUUGGAACAGUUUUGCAAGCAGGAUUUUUGUUAAGAAUCAGAAAAAAAGAAAAAAGUUAAAACAAACCAUGAUCAGUAAUAGAAUGAAUUUGAAAAAGUCUAAUAGAACUGCGUAAUAAAGGUGGAAGAUGAAGAUAAUAAAAAUGAUAUUUUGAGGAUAUUUAAAUAAAGAGUUAAAAGUAUUGAGCCUGGAAUUUCGCUUUUUCUACCAGAUUUAUCAAAAUUUGAUUAGCAAAUGAGAAACAAUUUUUAAGAAUUGGAGGAUAACUAUUACAAAAAUUUGUAUUUUAAAGAAAAAGUAGAAGAGAUGGAAUUAAAUUCAAAAAAUAUACUAGCAGAAUGCAAAUUAUAUUAUGAGUCAUUACAGUGCAAAGAGGGUAGAUAGAAGAUUGAAGUUUAACCAGAUAGAAGAUGA